AUGUCCGACAAGACCAGGCAGUCGUCCGGCGGGCGCUCCAUCUUCUCCCGGAACAAGAACAAGGAUAAGCGCGCCACCGAAUCCGAAUCCUACGAUGCCCUCAGUACCAUGAGCUCCCGCUCGUCUCGCCACAACCGCGACUCCUCGGCCAUCUCCAUCGAUGGACUGCCUCCACCCGAUCCUAGCACGAGCAUGAUGUCCAGCGUCAUUAGCUCGGUCCCGGAACCUUUGCCUCACCAACUAAAUAAGGGCCAUGACUUUCAUCAAUAUCCAACCUUUGACCCCUCCGCCGGCAAUGCUGGCUCACACUCUUCCAGAAUGGGACCCCCCGCUACAAACGUUACCAUGGCCAGCACAGGGAGGACGACGCAGUUCCAGCAAUGGGGUCCCUCUCGCGGCAGCAUGGUGAGUACUACGAAUGGGUCUCACACGUCUCGAUACGACUCGCUCUUGUCUCCCAACAACCGUAUUUCUGACGCCAGCGUCUUUUCGGUCCAACCGAGCGCAUCAUCUUUGAGCUCCUAUGGCACACCUCAUCGCGAAUCCCACCGCCUCACCAAGUUCCCCGGACCCGGCGCACACGACACCUUUAACUUUCCCAAACCCGACGACGACAAUGUCAUUGAACAAAUGUUUGCGCAUCUCAUGCACAGGCGCGGCUGGCACAACCUGCCUGAGCAAGCCAGGAGACAAAUGAUGGCCUACAAACCCGACAAGAAGUGGACUCUGUUGCACCAGGACAGAUUGGCCGAGUGGCAGGGCGAGCAGAAGCGUCGCAUGACAGCCCGUGUUAGCCAGUUUGCUCAGCCAGACGUCACUACGUACUCCGAUGAAGAAGGCACACCGGAGUGGUAUGUACGAAGAGUGAUGGAAGACAAGCUGGACGGCAAGGGCAUGGGCAGUUUGGAGGUCAACCUUCGCACCCAGCAGAUCGGCUGGGUGCGUCGCUUUGUUGAGUGUCAAGGACAAGUUGCGCUCGUCACUCUACUGCUCAAAAUCAACCGCAAAAUUGCCAACGCGCCGGCAAGCGAGAGCUCCAAGGUGGAGAAGGGCCUCGACCGCGAAUACGAUAUUAUCAAGUGUCUAAAGACACUUAUGAACAACAAAUUUGGUGCAGACGACGCGCUGAUGCAGCAAAAGGUGCUUCUGGCACUCGGUACAUCGCUUGUCUCACCUCGCUUGACCACGAGAAAGCUCGUCUCUGAAAUCCUCACGUUCUUGUGUACCUGGGGUGACAACGGCGAGGGGCACUACAAGGUUAUCCAAGCUCUUGACGAGGUCAAGGCCCAGACCGGGGCAAAUGGCCGAUUCGACGAGUGGAUGCAGCUGGUUGAAGCGACUGUCGACGGUCGUGGUAAGAUGGGUAGCAUGGUUGGCGCAAGCGAUGAUAUUCGUACCGGCGGUGUCGGUAUGGAGAACUUGCUCAUGGAAUAUUCUGUUGCGACCAUCAUCUUGGUGAAUAUGAUGAUCGAUGCCCCGGAAAAAGACUUGCAGUUGCGAGUACACAUCCGCGCCCAAUUCACGGGAUGUGGCAUCAAGCGCACCCUGAGUAAGAUGGAGGCUUUUCAAUAUGAGCUCCUUGACAAGCAGAUUGAGCGCUUCCGCUCCAACGAGGCCAUUGACUACGAGGAUAUGCUUGAGCGUGAGAACAGCAGCAUCAAGGACAGCAUUGAAGGCGAGGUCAAAGACCUGAGCGAUCCCGUUCAGAUUGCCGACGCCAUCCAGCAACGCCUCCGGGGCAGUCGGACCAACGACUACUUUGUCUCGGCCCUCCAGCAUCUACUGCUAAUGCGCGCCAACGAUGGCGAGGAACGUCUACGCAUGUUCCAGCUUGUGGAUUCUAUGCUUAGCUACGUCGCCAUGGACAGGAGGCUGCCCAACAUGGAUCUGAAGCAAAGUCUCAACUUUACUGUUCAAAGCUUACUCGAUAAGCUGCAUACCGAUUCGGAGGCCAGACAAGCACAAGACGAGUCUCUUGAGUCUCGCCAAAUCGCGGCGGCCGCCAUGGCUGAGCGUGAUGAGAUGCGUGCGCGACUGGAACUUGGCGCAGACGGACUUGUCGCGAAACUUCAAAAGCAGGUCGACGAGCAGAGUAGAUUUAUUGAUGCGCAAAGACGACGGACGGAAGGUUUAAAGGCUGAACUGGAGGGCGUGCAAACGAUCCGUGCCAAGGAGGCCCAACGCAAUGAGCUUGAGACCAGAGAAUUGUAUCUCAUGCUGCGUGAUGCCCAAGACAUUGCCGCUUCCAACGCCGCCAAGGGUGCUGCUGCUACCAGUGCCCCUGCCGCCGUCGCCAACGGCACCAACCCUGAACAGAUGCAAGGCAUUCUCGACCGUCAACGCCUGAUGGAGCGCCUGCAAAUGCAACUUGAGCGACAAAAGACACAGUACAAGCUCGAAGGCAGAGUAUGGGGUGAAGCGGCUGGGCCUUCUGAUCGCCUUCGUGCUCUACGCGAAGAAAUGGAGGAUGAAGAGGCUGAAGCAGCUCCCGGCGCCCCUCGCGACUUCACUAACAGCGUGCUCGGCAGCAUCAAUCGCCAAACGCGGAUCCCUCGCAAGCCCGUCAACGCAAAUGGUGAGGUUUCAGACAGAGAAACCAUUGAAGAGGUCUCUGAGCUGGAAGAGGAGGAUGGUGUUGUAUAUGAGCGCCCCAGAAUCGUCGAAUACAAGCGACCUGUCAUGGAUCCUAGACAACAAGCUGUUUUCGUCGACGAGCUUGGCAACAAGCUCAAGAAGUACGACGGAAGCGAUGAUGACGAUGAAGGCGUCACCACCGGACCAUCACACCCCAGCCUGGAAUCAACUUCACCACAGACACCUGCCGAUGGCGACACUCCCAAGGCCGGCUUCACAACUCCUGCCACCAGCGCAGCUACACCGGCUACGGGCGCUGCUCCUCCUCCGCCGCCGCCGCCUCCGCCUCCUAUGCCUGGCCAAAUUGUCGGAGCACCUCCGCCACCACCACCAAUGCCCGGACAAACUUCCGGAGCACCCCCGCCACCUCCGCCUCCGCCUCCACCGCCCAUGCCGGGUCAGAUCUCCGGCGCACCACCCCCUCCUCCCCCUCCUCCACCCCCACCGCCUAUGCCUGGCAUGAGAUCGCCUGCGAUGGGAACAGAUGGCACGGCUUCGCCCGGGCUACCUUCCUCCGACUCGGCAGGAUCCAUGCCUCCUCCGCCGCCGCCUAUGCCCGGUCCCAAGUCUGGCGGUUUCCUUCCCCAGCCCACGUACAGUGCUACGCCUAGCGUCGGUCUGCCUGUCGCAAGACCCAAGAAGAAGCUCAAGGCUCUUCACUGGGAGAAGGUUGAUGCACCAGAGACAAGUCACUGGGCCGCUCACACACCAUCGGCAGAGGCACGCGAAGAGAAGUACAUUGAACUUAGUAGGAAGGGUAUCUUGGAUGAAGUCGAAAAGCUGUUUAUGGCGAAGGAGAUCAAGAAAAUCGGUGCGGCCACCGGACGCAAAGAUGACAAGAAGCAAGUCAUUUCCGCAGAUUUGCGCAAAGCGUACGAAAUUGCGCUCGCCAAGUUUUCACAGCAUUCUGUGGAGAAGAUUGUACAAAUGAUCAUCCAUUGCGAUGUCCAAGUUCUCGACAACGUUGUCGUGAUGGACUUUUUGCAAAAGGACGACCUUUGCAACAUUUCCGAUAAUACGUCCAAGCAAAUGGCUCCUUACAGCAGAGAUCUCACCGGACCAGAUGCCGCCACGCAAAUAAGAGAAAUGGAUCCAGCCGAUUUGACCAGACAAGAUCAGAUCUAUCUGUAUACUGCUUUUGAACUACACCACUACUGGAAGAGCCGAAUGCGUGCUCUGGCGCUGACUCGAAACUUUGAGGUGGAAUAUGAGGAGAUUUAUGAGAAGAUGCACCAAGUCAUCAGUGUGUCUGAAUCGCUCCGAGAUUCGGUCUCGCUCAUGAAUGUCCUGGGUCUCAUUUUGGAUAUCGGUAAUUACAUGAACGACGCCAACAAGCAAGCUCGGGGUUUCAAGCUGAGCUCGCUUUCGCGACUCGGUAUGGUCAAGGAUGACAAGAACGAGUCGUCGCUGGCCGACCUGGUCGAGCGUAUCGUUCGUGGCCAGUACCCAGAGUGGGAGAACUUUGCUUCCGAGAUUGGCGGCGUUAUCCCUGCACAAAAGAUGAAUGUCGAACAGCUCGAAGCCGAUGCCAAGAGGUACAUUGACAACAUCCGCAACGUGCAAAUGUCUCUCGACUCUGGCAACCUCAGCGAUCCCAAAAAAUUCCAUCCCGAGGACCGCGUCAACUUGAUUGUGCAGCGUUGCAUGAAAGACGCUCGUCGCAAGGCUGAGCAGAUGCAGCUAUACCUGGAUGAGAUGAUCCGCACAUUCAAGGAUAUUAUGAUUUUCUACGGCGAGGAUCCUGCCGAUGAGAAUGCCAGGCGCGACUUCUUUACCAAGCUUGCCAACUUCUUGACUGAAUGGAAGAAAUCACGAGAGAAGAACGUUCAGCUAGAGGAGACGCGCAAACGCAACGAAGCAUCGAUGAAGCGCAAGCAUGCUGCGCAGAAGGCCGCCCAGGCCGCCAGCGAGCCAGGCUCGGCCUCUGCUACCAGUACUGGAGCGAUGGACUCACUAUUGGAGAAGCUCCGCGCAGCGGCGCCGCAGGCUCGGGACCAGAGAGACCGACGUCGCCGCGCCCGUCUAAAGGACCGCCACCAAGUGCGGGUGGCUUCUGGACAGAAGAUUCCUGAUCUUAACGAGAUCCCCGAGGUGGAGGCCGUGUUGAAGACGUCAGACCAGACGAUUGAAGAGGAGGAAAACAGCACAGCCGGGCCAGCCGGGCCAGCCAGCCCCGACCGCACACAGUCCCGCGAUGGUGACGACGACGUAGCCGACCGCGCAGCGGCCUUGCUGCAGGGCAUGCGUGGCGGAGACGCCGACGACAGCGAGAAGCGCGAGAGUCUUCGGAAGGCAAGGCGGCAAACAGCCGAAGAGGAGAGACGUAUGCGCCGGCGGCGCCGCGACAAGGCCUCUGUGAGCAACGCAGAGGAUGUGGGGAAGACGGCUGAUGGCACGGAAGAGGAUGCAUCGACGGCUGGUCACGACGAGUCGGCCCGAGCGUCGAUUGCUGGGCGGUCGGAGGACGGCGAGGCCGGAGAGGAAAGGACAUCAUAG